CCAAAUAAUUAUUCUUGUUUUUUGACAUCAAUUUAACUAACUGAAAAUACAAAAGUCUUACAAAAUGACUGUACCUCAAAAAAUUGAUUUCAAGUCUUUGAGCAAGAUGAAUAUUAAUAAAAUCAGUGUAGAUUCGCAAAUAAAUAUUAUAUUGAAGAACAAUCCAGUGUUUAAAAAAAAUAGUGUUGAUGCUUGGUUGCUCCGAGCUGUCUCUUUAAUUGAUCUAACUACAUUAGCAGGUGAUGAUACUGAAUCAAAUGUUACUAGGUUAUGUAUUAAGGCUGCCAACCCUUUACCAACAAGAUUGUCAGAUGAAUUGGAGAAAUUACGUGAGAAUGAGUCUUUGCGAACUGCAGCAGUUUGUGUGUAUCCUAGUCGAGUCAAGAAUGCUUAUAAGACUAUCAAAAGGAUGGAACUUACAGAUACACUACAGAUAGCAGCUGUUGCGACUGGAUUUCCUUCUGGGUUGUAUCCCUUGAAAACACGGUUAGAGGAGAUUGCAUUGACUGUAGCAGAAGGUGCCACUGAAAUAGAUGUGGUGCUGGAUCGCAGUCUCGUAUUGACAGGUCAAUGGGAAGUUUUGUUUAAAGAAGUCGAGGAAAUGAAGAAAUCGUGUGGACCGGCUCACAUGAAGGUCAUUCUUGGAGUUGGUGAAUUGGGAACUUAUGAAAACGUGUACAAAGCUUCAAUGGUUUCAAUGUAUGCUGGUGCAGAUUUUAUUAAAACCUCCACUGGGAAGGAAGCAGUGAAUGCCACACUACCAGUGGGCUUGGUGAUGUGCAGGGCUAUACGAUACUUCUAUCAGGAAACUGGAAAGAAGGUUGGCCUCAAACCGGCGGGCGGCAUAAAAACACCGCAAGACGCUGUCAAUUGGCUUGUGUUGGUACAUACUGAACUAGGAGCUGAAUGGCUAACACCAAAACUCUUCAGGAUCGGAGCUUCUAGUUUACUGGACGUCAUCGAGAACUUUCUGACUAAAUAUGAAUCGUCUGGGUGAUAUAGUUGAAUUUAAUAGUUGUAGUGGAUACAAUCUUGCUUUACUAUUUGGCUAUAAGGGCUAUUUUCGUAAAACAAUUGUAUCUGCUGUAAGGCCCCGGGACAUACAAACAAACAUGUGGCCUUAUUGUCUAAUGAUGAGUUUCUAGAAUAAAAUGUAUUUUUUUAGGAUAAUGUAAUAUUUUUUUUACUAGAAGUAUGUAACUAUACCUCUUCUAAGUUUUGUUAUAAAGAAAAAGUAAAGAGGCCGAAAACUGCCAUAAAAAUAUUCCAAAUAU